AUGUGCUCUUUCUACAUUGCCGUGGCCGCGAACGCACGCAUAGACCUUCACCAUGGUGUUGAUGAACUCACUGGCUGCGGCCUUAAAAUCCAUUAACAAUGCCGAAAAACGAGGCAAGCGUCAGGUGCUCCUCCGACCCAACUCGAAGGUGGUGGUCAGGUUCCUGACUGUCAUGAUGAAGCACGGAUACAUCGGCGAGUUCGAAAUCGUGGAUGAUCAUCGUGGCGGCAAGAUUGUGGUCAAUUUGACUGGUCGUCUCAACAAAUGCGGCGUCAUCUCGCCCAGAUUCGACGUGGGGAUUCGAGAAAUUGAGAAGUGGACCAACAAUCUCCUCCCGUCCAGACAGUUUGGAUUCAUUGUGGUGACUACCUCAGGAGGAAUCAUGGACCACGAAGAAGCCCGUCGCAAGCAUCUUGGUGGCAAGAUCCUAGGAUUCUUCUUCUGAUUCGAUUACCUUGUUGCUGCCACUCAAACUUAUGAUGGCCAAUAAAGCCUGGAAACUAAA